CAUACAUUUUCGGACCAGAAAAGAAAGACAGAAGGAAAAAAAAAAAAACCAUCUGGGUUCUCUUCUCUUGUGUUUGCAACUUAUAUAACUCAACAUUGGAUAGAUUAGCUAUACACAAACUUGAAAGCAUUGAAAGUCGUUGAAGGAAAACGUUCUGGGUUUUUCGAAAUGGAUCGCGGCGAAAUCUUUAAGGCCGGCAGUUUCAGAAGCCAAAGUUCUACAUUAUGGAGGAACAAUACUAACGAGAUUUUCUCAAAGUCUUCACGGGAAGAGGACGAUGAAGAAGCUCUAAAAUGGGCUGCGUUGGAAAAGCUUCCAACUUAUGCUCGUUUAAGGAAAGGCAUACUCACGACAUCUCAGGGCCGUCCGAGUGAAAUCGAUGUCGACAACCUCGGACUUAAGGAGAGGAGGGACUUGAUUGAGAGGUUGAUCAAAACAGCUGAGGAGGACAACGAGAGAUUCUUGUUGAAGCUCCGAAAUCGUAUUGAAAGAGUCGGAGUUGAGCUUCCGACGAUCGAAGUGCGAUAUGAGCAUCUUAAAAUAGAGGCAGAUGCUUAUGUAGGAAGCAGAGCUUUGCCUUCCUUUGUUAACUUCCUAAAUAGCAUAGUCGAGAUUUUCUUCGGCUUUCUGCCAAUUUUCAAAAGUAAAAAGCGACAACUGACCAUCCUCGAUGAUGUUAAUGGAAUCAUAAAGCCCGGAAGAUUGACACUGCUUUUGGGUCCUCCGAGUUCCGGCAAGACCACACUCUUGUUGGCUUUGGCUGGAAAGCUCGACUCAGAGUUGAAGUUUUCUGGGAGAGUGACUUACAAUGGGCAUGGCAUGAACGAGUUUGUGCCGAGGAGAACUGCUGCCUACAUCAGUCAAUAUGAUGUUCAUAUUGGAGAAAUGACUGUGAGGGAAACUUUGGCUUUCUCUGCCAGAUGCCAAGGAGUCGGGUCGCGUUAUGACAUGCUUGCAGAAUUGUCUAGAAGAGAGAAAGAAGCUAAUAUCAAACCCGAUCCAGACAUCGAUGUCUACAUGAAGGCGGUCGCAACAGAAGGCCAAGAGACAAAUGUGGUGACAGAUUAUGUCUUGAAGAUUUUGGGACUGGAUAUUUGUGCGGACACUAUGGUGGGAGAUGAAAUGUUGAGGGGUAUCUCUGGAGGACAAAGAAAGCGUGUCACAACUGGUGAGAUGCUUGUCGGCCCAGCUGGGGUGUUGUUCAUGGAUGAAAUUUCAACUGGUUUGGACAGCUCCACAACUUACCAAAUCGUUAACUGCCUCAAGCAAUAUGUCCAUAUCUUUAAUGGAACCAAUGUCAUCUCCUUACUUCAGCCAGCACCAGAGACUUAUGACCUUUUCGACGAUAUCAUUCUUCUAUCCGAUGGCCAAAUAGUGUAUCAAGGUCCCCGUGAAUAUGUGCUUGAUUUUUUCGAAUCUAUGGGUUUUAAAUGUCCUGAGAGGAAAGGUGUAGCUGACUUUCUUCAAGAAGUCACAUCAAAGAAAGAUCAGGCCCAAUAUUGGGCACGAAAAGAGGAACCUUACAGGUUUAUCACUGUCAAAGAAUUUGCUGAGGCAUUCCAAUCGUUUCACGUGGGACAGAAACUAGGAGAUGAGCUUGUGACCGGAUUCGACAAGAGCAAGAGUCACCCAGCUGCUUUGACGACCAAAGAAUAUGGUGUGAAAACAAAGGAGCUCAUCAAAGCUUCAUUCUCAAGAGAAUGGUUGCUUAUGAACAGAAACUCCUUUGUCUACAUGUUCAAGAUUGUUCAACUUUGUAUAAUGGCCCUGGUUUCUGCCACACUUUUCCUAAGAACCGAAAUGCAUCAUAGAAACAUUGAUGAUGGCAAUAUUUACGUCGGCUCUUUGUUCUUUGCUGUGAUCACGAUCAUGUUCAAUGGAAUGUCGGAGCUCUCUAUGACGAUUGCCAAGCUUCCCGUGUUCUAUAAGCAAAGGGACCUACACUUUUACCCUGCUUGGGCUUAUGGUCUUCCAUCAUGGAUUCUCAAGAUCCCUAUCUCGGUCCUAGAAGCCAUAGUUUGGGUGGCCAUUACAUACUAUACUACAGGAUUGGACCCAAGUGUUGCAAGGUUUUUCAAACAAUUGCUUGUGCUCUUUUUAAUUAACCAAAUGGCCUCCAGUUUGUUCCGGGCUAUAGCAGCUAUUGCUAGAAACAAUAUUAUAGCCAACACAUACGGAUCAUUUGUGCUGCUCAUGCUCUUUACAUUGGGUGGUUUUGUUCUGUCUAGAGAGGAUAUCAAGGAUUGGUGGAUUUGGGGUUACUGGUGUUCGCCUCUGAUGUACGGUCAGACUGCGGUUCUAGUCAAUGAGUUCCUCGGCAAGAAAUGGAGACAUCGUGUAGCAGGCUCAACAGAGCCUCUAGGAAUUGAAGUUUUGAAAGGCCGAGGAUUCUUUUAUGAGUCGAAAUGGUAUUGGAUUGGCACGGGGGCGUUGAUUGGGUUCAUCUUAGUUUUAAACCUCUUGUAUACUCUGGCUCUCACUUGGCUCAACGCAUUUGAUAAGGUACGAGCUGUAGCUAAAACUGAAGAUCCUCAGAGCGAUGGAGCCAUUGAGCUGCAAGAUAGUUCAAGCCACCAAGGCCAGGCAGGUGAAAGUGAGAACAGGAAAAAGGGAAUGAUUCUUCCAUUUGAACCGCAUUCCAUCGUCUUCGAUAAUAUUGUAUACGCAGUGGACAUGCCACCG